AAAGAAAAGCCCUCUCCAACCUCCCCUCCCCUCCUGCCCUCCCAAAAGCCGUCCCCUUCCCAAAGAAAGAACCACACGCGCAGCAGGCACACCCCCGCCGCCGCCGCCGAUCUCCCUCCGAUCCCCCAAGGAGCCGUCGCGUCGCAGCAGAUCCGUCCAUGGCGGCGCUGGGGUCCAAGCUGGCGCAGCUGCAGGCCAAGGCCUGCGAGGCGACGCGGUUCGUGGCCAGGAACGGGUGCGCCUACCACAAGACCCUCAUGGAGAAGAACAAGCAGUUCGUCGUGCAGCCGCCCACCGUCGAGAAGUGCCAGGAGCUCUCCAAGCAGCUCUUCUACACCCGCAUCGCCAGCCUCCCCGGCCGCUAUGAGGCCUUCUGGAAGGAGGCGGACCAAGUGAAGCAGCUGUGGAAAAACAGGAAAGAUCUGAACGUGGAGCACGCGGGCAUCAUCGCUCUGUUCGGCCUUGAGCUCUACGGGUGGUUCUGCGUCGGCGAGAUCGCUGGCCGGGGUUUCACCUUAACGGGCUACAGCGUCUGAGCGCCUUCCUUCCACGAGUACCUUCACGCGAUCGUCGUCGAUUAAGAGCUGAAGACUCUGUUAGCCAAUCAGUUUCUCGUGAUGCGCGUGCGAAGUUUUGGUUUUCUGAAAAAAAAAAUACUAUUCUUGAUGCUGGUGAAAAAAGUACACCCGGCUCGGUGAAUUCGACUCGGCGAUGAGGUCUAAUAAUUUGUCGCACGCUUAGUUGAAUGAUUGAAGCCUGGACAGAUGAAAUGUCUGUGACUGUGAUGUCUGCCUUGCUUGCUUGCUAAAGUCAGGGCAAAUUAGGCUCUUCCAGAAGAAAUGAUGAAAUGAAUUUGACUUGGUGAUGAGGUAGUAUAAUAAUGAUCUCCCCAUUUCACUUGGUUGAAUGAA